GAGCCCGCCGCUCUCGACGCCGAGCCCGCGGGGGAGGAGUGCAGCUGGGCCGGCCUCUUCUCCUUCCAAGACUUGCGGGCUGUGCACCAGCAGCUGUGUUCGGUGAACUCCGAGCUGGAGCCCUACCUGCCUGCUUUCCCCGAAGAGCCGUCGGGCAUGUGGACGGUUCUUUUUGGAGCCCCGGAGCUAUCCGAGCAGGAGAUGGACGCUCUCUGCUACAAACUACAAGUUUACUUGGUCCAUAGCUUGGAUACCUGCGGCUGGAAGAUCCUCUCGCAGGUACUCUUCACUGAGACUGACGACCCCGAAGAGUAUUACGAAAGCCUGAGUGAGCUGCGACAGAAGGGGUACGAGGAGGUGCUGCAGCGGGCCCGCAGGCGAAUCCAAGAGCUUCUGGAAAAACAUAAGAACACAGAGAGCAUGGUAGAGCUGCUUGAACUGUAUCAAAUGGAAGAUGAAGCCUACAGUAGUCUUGCAGAAGCUACCACGGAGCUCUAUCAGUACUUACUACAGCCAUUCCGAGAUAUGAGGGAGCUUGCAAUGCUUAGAAGACAGCAGAUAAAGAUCUCAAUAGAGAAUGACUACCUAGGCCCCAGAAGAAUUGAGAGUCUGCAAAAAGAAGAUGCCGAUUGGCAGAGAAAAGCCCACAUGGCUGUGCUUUCUAUUCAAGAUCUUACGGUUAAAUACUUCGAAAUAACAGCUAAAACACAGAAAGCUGUGUACGAUCGAAUGCGAGCAGACCAGAAAAAAUUUGGUAAGGCAGCAUGGGCAGCAGCAGUGGAACGUAUGGAAAAGCUUCAGUAUGCAGUUUCUAAGGAGACACUGCAGUUGAUGCGUGCUAAAGAAAUCUGUUUGGAGCAGAAGAAACAUGCACUCAAAGAGGAGAUGCAGAGCCUGAAAGGUGGUACAGAAGCCAUAGCCCAUUUGGACCAGUUAGAAGCUGAUUAUUAUGAUCUACAGCUUCAGUUAUAUGAAGUGCAAUUUGAGAUCUUGAAAUAUGAAGAGCUGCUGCUGACAGCACAACUUGAAAGUAUCAGAAGACUGAUGUCAGAGAAGAGAGAUGAAGUGGUAUACUAUGACACUUACGAAAGUAUGGAAGCCAUGCUUGAAAAAGAAGAUACUGCAACAUCUAUACUCUUGCAAAAAGAGGAGCUACAAAAGCUACAGCAAAAAAUCCGCCAGCUGGAAGCAAGACGUGGACGUAUUUCAGCCAAGAAAGCCUACCUCAGAAAUAAGAAGGAGAUCUGUAUUGCAAAGCAUAAUGAAAAGAUCCAGCAGCAUCACCAGAGUGAAGAGAAACACAAAAUGCACCAUACUGUUCAGAUAAAGCGAGAUCAGUUACAAGAUGAAGAGGAAAGAAAGAGCUCCUGGGUUAGUCAGGAACGGCAGAAAACACUGGACAGACUUCGCACAUUUAAACAGCGGUACCCUGGACAAGUGAUACUUAAAUCAACCAGGCUGCGGAUGGCUCACGCAAGAAGAAAAUGUGCAGGCAGCUCAGUGCCCUGUGUCGAUCAGCCUCAGUCUUUGCCAGCAACCAUACCAAUCCAAGAGAAAAGUGGAGAGGUGGAAUUGGAAAAGGCAGAUCAGCCUUUGCAAGUGCAGGAAUCCACAAGCUUAGAACAACAAGAUGUCUCGUUACCUCCCAAUGGUGUUACCUCUGAACUGCCCCAUGUUAGUCCUUCUCCAGUCACCAGUAAUGAGCUUCAACCAGAGACUGUUAUUGUAGUACCACUUCCACCCCCUUUGCCUCCACCACCUCCACCUCCACCUUUGCCCUCCAGGGAAGAUGCCACCAAAUCCCUAGAGAAAAGCAACACCUUUGUUAAACGUCAGAGUGAGGAGAAAGGAGUCCAGCACUCUUCUGGUGUCCCACCUGCACAUCUGUUUGACAGUAGUCAGCUAGUCAGUGCCAAGAAGAAGCUUAAGAAGACUGGUGAUCUAGAGGGCUUACAGAGGAGGAGAGUGAGUUCCCCGAUGGAUGAAGUGCUGGCUUCCUUGAAACGUGGCAGCUUUCACUUAAGAAAAGUUGAGCAGAGAAGUCUCCCACCUUUUCCUGAUGAAGAUGAUAGCAAUAACAUCUUGGCACAGAUCAGAAAAGGGGUCAAACUGAAGAAAGUGCAGAAAGAUGUUUUGAGAGAAUCCUUUACAAUUCUGCCUGAUACUGACCCUCUGACAAGGAGCAUCCAUGAAGCAUUGCGACGAAUUAAGGAAGCAUCACCUGAAUCGGAGGAUGAAGAGGAGAGUUUGCCUUGCACAGACUGGGAAAAUUAA